UAUCAUUAACCUGAACUCUGAAAGGAGCAUAUAAGGAGAGAAAGAAGAAAGCCAGAGAAGAAGCCAGGAUGGAAUCCAACAUCAGGAUCAACAAUCCUGCGGACAUCUCUGUUAUUGUCAUCUAUUUUUUGUUAGUCCUGGCAGUGGGACUAUGGGCUAUGUACUCGACCAACCGAGGGACAGUAGGUGGCUUCUUCCUGGCUGGCCGAAGCAUGGUGUGGUGGCCGAUUGGUGCUUCUCUCUUUGCCAGUAACAUUGGCAGCGGACAUUUUGUGGGAAUAGCAGGAACAGCAGCAGCUGGAGGAAUUGCCAUCGGAGGAUAUGAGUGGAACGCGCUGGUACUUGUGGUAAUUCUGGGAUGGCUGUUUGUACCCAUCUACGUCAAAGCCGGGGUGGUGACAAUGCCAGAGUAUCUGAGGAAGCGUUUUGGUGGGAAACGGAUUCAGGUCUACCUGUCCAUCCUGUCUCUAAUCCUGUACAUUUUCACCAAGAUCUCAGCAGAUAUAUUCUCUGGGGCUGUGUUCAUACAGCUGGCCGUCGGGCUGAACCUUUACUUGGCCAUAAUCAUCCUGCUUGCUAUUACAGCUCUGUACACCAUCACAGGUGGCCUUGCAGCUGUGAUUUACACAGACACCUUGCAAACAUUUAUCAUGGUAGUGGGAUCCUUCAUACUGAUGGGAUUUGCAUUUGUUGAAGUAGGAGGGUAUGAUGCUUUCAUGCAGAAGUACAUGGCAGCAAUUCCGUCCAAUAUCUCCUAUGGGAAUAUUACGAUUGAUGAAGAAUGUUACACUCCUCGGAAGGAUUCCUUUCACAUCUUCCGAGAUGCCGUCACAGGAGAUUUGCCCUGGCCAGGGCUCGUCUUUGGUUUGAGCAUCCUUGCUUUGUGGUACUGGUGCACAGAUCAGGUUAUUGUUCAAAGAUGUCUCUCUGGCAAGAACAUGUCCCAUGUGAAGGCUGGUUGCAUCAUGUGUGGAUACCUGAAACUCUUGCCCAUGUUUAUCAUAGUGAUGCCUGGAAUGAUCAGCCGCAUUUUGUAUACAGAUGUGGUGGCUUGUGUUGUGCCUGAAAUCUGCCAGCAGUACUGCGGCACUGCGGUUGGCUGUACGAACAUCGCUUAUCCCAAAAUGGUAGUGGAGCUUAUGCCAAACGGUCUGCGGGGUCUGAUGCUGGCGGUCAUGCUGGCCUCCCUUAUGAGCUCCCUGACUUCCAUUUUUAACAGUGCUAGCACUUUGUUCACCAUGGACAUUUACACCAAAAUUCGACCCCGAUCCUCCGAGAGAGAGCUCAUGUUAGCUGGAAGGGCAUUUAUGUUACUUUUAAUCGGCAUCAGCAUUGCCUGGGUCCCCGUGGUGCAGUCAGCUCAAAGCGGGCAGCUCUUUGACUACAUUCAGUCCGUCACCAGCUUCCUGGGACCCCCCAUUGGCGCUGUCUUCUUGCUCGCCAUCUUCUGCAAGCGGGUCAAUGAGCAGGGCGCCUUCUGGGGCCUGAUAGUGGGGCUGCUCGGUGGGCUCAGUCGAAUGAUUGCAGAGUUUGUCUACGGAACUGGCAACUGCGUGAACCCUUCCAACUGCCCCUUCAUCAUCUGUGGGAUUCACUACCUUUACUUUGCAAUGAUUCUUUUUGGGGUUUCUGCAAUUGUCAUCCUGGCAGUGUCCUUCAUGACCAAGCCCAUUCCUGAUGUACAUCUCCACCGCUUGUGCUGGUCUUUGCGGAACAGCAAAGAAGAACGUAUUGAUCUUGAUGCAGACGAGGAGCAGGCCAAAGCUGAUGAAAAAGAUGAGGAAUCAGUUAAUGGGGAAAAUGAAGAACCAGGAUGCCUUAAGAAAACAUACAACUGGUUCUGUGGCAUCGAUCAGCAGAAAGCCCCCAAGCUGAGCAAGGAGGAAGAGGAAGCCUUGAGGAAGAAGCUGACAGACACGAGCGAGGUGCCACUGUGGAGGAAUGUAGUGAAUAUCAAUGGCAUCAUCCUGCUGACUGUGGCAGUGUUUUGCCAUGCCUACUUUGCAUAAACCCCUGCUCAUGGUUUGGAGAUUGACUGUGACUGUGUUCCCGAGCAACAGCCAUGACUUGUAGAUGGGCAGAGUUAGAUACACUUAGCAUUUUCAUUGCCUACAUUUGUAAGAAAUCAGGGUGAUUUAUUCACUGGUUUUGUGAUGCUGUUUCCAACAAUCUAAAGACGAAGACCACUGGGAUUCCAAGAGAGAGACAUUCUGUUUAGACAUCAAAUCUAUCCAAGAUUCAGAACUUCCAUCCGAUAUCCUCUCUACUCUUGACACAUUUCAUAUUCGAGGCACGGAACAAGAGUGCCUGAGCAGUAUUUCAUACCAGGGUUUGUGAACUACCUUUUAGUGCUGAUUUUCAACACUUCUUCUUCUGAUCAUUCAAAUGUCUUUUCCUUGGUUUGUGAUACUUUGAUAACAAAACCCUCAGCAGCUGAGGGACCAGAUUAUGAAUUCAAAUGAAAAUAUUAGGUUGGUUCCCCCCAGGCGCGGGGUAUCUUGAGUAAAAGAUUUCUGUAUAUAUCGAUAUAUUUGACACUAGAUCUAACUUCCCAUUAGAACUUGUUCCCCUGUUCCCUCACUUUCCAUGGUGGUGUGAUUUUUCAGUGAUGGGUGGAACACUGACUGUCUGCAUUGAUUGCAGUUUGGAAUUAAUGUCUCCAUGAUCUUAAUAAGAAUUCUGCUUAUGACAGAAUCUCUCUUUAAGGUCAACUUCAAAAGGUCCUCCUCUCUUUAUAUUUUCAUAUGUAUCUAUACUUGAAUGUGAAGCUUUUUUAUAUAAAAUACAUGUCUUUUAUAUACACAUACUAGAUAUUAUAUAUAUGCACUCUGUAUAUUAUAGAUAUUUAAGAUAUAUGUGUGUAUAUAUACCUUUGUAUCUCACUGAUCAGCUCCUAUCUUGGUAAGUCCAUGUCAAUCGCUACCACAGUUACUGGGACCUUUUCAUCAUGGGACUGGUGUUAACCAGCUGUCUCUUCUUAUGGGCUGUCUUACAAACUAGUCCAUGCACACGGGUAGAAGUCCAAAGCACCAGAACUCUGGGUUCGUGUUUUUCUUUAAGUAUAUGUGAGGGCUCUGUACUGCUUUUCUGCAAAGCUAUAAAUCUUCUGUAGAUUUCAUUCAGAGAGAGAAGUUGUGCUGUGUGACAGCAUGAGGUAACGGUUCCUGAAGAACAUAGCACAGCUGUGGGCAUCAGCUACCCCAGCCCAAUUGUCUUCUCUUGGUGAGUUUGACACCAGCUGGGGAGACAGGACAAGACAGAUUUAACACUUCAAAACAAAAAGCAAGAGAUUUUGCUACCAUCUUAUUUGCGGACAUCUUAUUCAGUUCCUUGCGAAAUUGAGUGUAAAAAGAAGCCAUUGGUUGCUGCAGCCGAGCUGUACCCCCAUUCCUUGUUCCUGCUGCGCACCGAGCGCAGGAUGCCAGCUUGUCCCAAAGCCUUACAGAGUGGUUCCACAGCAGAAUGCACUGGAUUGGCCAUGAGAGCAUCGAAAUGGGAAUCCAGUGUGGUCUGUGUGCGCUACCCUGUUCUGCUGCCAACUCCGGCCGCUUUAAUCACUUGCACUUAAGAAUCUUCUGACAGGAUCUUUCCUUCCUCCGGAUCAAACCCCAAAUGCUCUGGCUUCUGUAGAAUCACUGCUCUUGAGAACCCCUAAGCACACUGAAAGGGUUUGCAUAGAUCAAAUCAGUGCUCCAGAAUUACCAGGGCAAACCUUCUCCUCACAGUUAAUGCAGUGAUAGAGUAUUUUAAAGACCAUGGAAUUAAUGAUAUUUAAUGGAAUUUGAAGACUGUAUGUAUUAAAGUAUUUGUAUAUUUUGAAGUAUUUCAUGUCUACAAAUGAUGGGGUUUUAUAUAAACACGGUGGAAGACAGCAAAGCUGAAUUUGGUGUCAAGUCUGGCUCUGGGUAGCAGCAAUGGAC